UAUCAAUAUAGGAUAUAUACAUCUACUUAUUUAAGAUAGAUAUAGAAAAGUUAAACUAAAAUGGUUUCUACGCACAACCGUGACAAGCCUUGGGACACCCCAGACAUUGACAAGUGGAAGCUUGAAGAAUUCAAGCCUGAAGACAAUGCAUCUGGACUUCAUUUCACUGAAGAAUCUUCCUUCAUGACCUUAUUCCCAAAAUAUAGAGAACAAUAUUUAAAGUCUAUAUGGAGUGAUGUGACCAGAGCACUUGACAAGCAUUACAUAGGAUGUCAACUUGAUUUGGUUGAAGGUUCUAUGACCGUGAAAACCACCAGAAAGACCUUUGAUCCGGCUAUUAUUUUAAAGGCUAGAGAUUUAAUUAAAUUAUUAGCAAGAUCAGUUCCAUUUCCUCAAGCAAUUAAGAUUUUACAAGAUGAUAUAGCAUGUGAUGUGAUCAAGAUUGGUAAUUUCGUAACAAACAAGGAUCGUUUUGUUAAAAGAAGACAAAGAUUGGUUGGACCAAAUGGUAAUACUCUUAAGGCAUUGGAAUUACUUACAAAGUGUUAUAUCUUAGUGCAAGGUAACACUGUUAGUGCUAUGGGUCCUUUCAAGGGACUCAAGGAAGUUCGUCGUGUAGUUGAAGAUUGUAUGAAGAAUGUUCAUCCUAUUUAUUAUAUUAAGGAACUUAUGAUUAAACAAGAACUUUCUAAGAAACCAGAAUUAGCUAAUGAAGAUUGGUCAAGAUUCUUACCUAUGUUUAAGAAGAGAAAUGUUGCUAGAAAGAAGCCUAAGCAAGAUAAGAAGGAAAAGAAGAUUUACACUCCAUUCCCACCACAACAAUUGCCACGUAAGGUUGAUCUUCAAAUUGAGAGUGGUGAAUACUUUUUGGGUAAGAAACAAAAGGAAACUAAGCAUCUUAAUGAAAAGCGUGAAAAGCAAGAAGAAACAACAGCAGCUAGAAAGACUGAAAGAGAAAAGGAUUUUGAAGCACCUGAAGAAGCUGUCUAUGAGAGUUCUUUAGUUAAGGAAAAGAAGGAAAAGAAAGAGAAGAAGGAAAAAAAGGAGAAGAAGGAAUCAAAGAAGAGAUCUCUGGAAGAAGAUGGUGAAGAAAAGAAGAAGAAGAAGAAGUCAAAGUCUGAAUAAAUAAUGUAAUUCUGUCAUAUUAAUAAAUGC